AUGACAGGAAAUAACUUUUGCGUUAUUCUUAUUACUAUCUUUAUUCUUAUUAUUUUUCUUGUUAUUAUUAUCUUUAUUCUUAUUGCUAUCUUUAUUGUUAUUACUAUCAUUAUUGUUAUUACUAUCUUUCUUGUUAUUACUGUCUUUAUUCUUAUUGCUAUCUUUAUUGUUAUUACUAUCAUUAUUGUUAUUACUAUCUUUCUUGUUAUUACUGUCUUUAUUCUUAUUGCUAUCUUUAUUGUUAUUACUAUCAUUAUUGUUAUUACUAUCUUUCAUGUUAUUACUGUCUUUAUUCUUAUUGCUAUCUUUAUUGUUAUUACUAUCAUUAUUGUUAUUACUAUCUUUAUUCUCAUUACUAUCUUUAUUCUCAUUACUAUCUUUAUUCUUAUUGCUAACUUUAUAGUUAUUGCUAUCUUUCUAGUUAUUACUAUCGUUAUUCUUAUUAGUAUAUUUCUUGUUAUUACUAUCUUUAUUGCUAUUGCUAUCUUUAUUGUUAUUACUAUCUUUAUUUUUAUUAUUAUUUUUAUUCUUAUUACUGGUAUCUUUAUUCUGAUUGCUAUCUUUAUUCUUAUUGCUAUGUUUAUUGUUAUUACUAUCUUUAUUGUAUUGCUAUCUUUAUUCUUAUUCUCCAAGGAAAAAGUGAUUGAUAGUGACAUGUUUCUUUACUGGUUGAAGCAAUUAUUUAGUAUAUACUGGAACAAGUUUUAA